AUGGCAGCUAAGCAGCCAUCGUCAAGGUGGUGGUUCUGGACCAAGGUCGUUAUGGGUGGUGCUGUCGUCGCUGUCGGCGGACCAGCCUUCACCAUGUGGUUGACACCUACCGAGGAGGAACUUCGAUCGAGAUACAACCCCGAACUGCGCAAGAAGAGUCUGGAGAACCGCGAAGAGCGACAACAAGAUUUUGAUGACUUUGUGACCCGAUUGAAGGAGUAUUCAAAGUCUGACAAACCGAUUUGGAUCGUUGUGAAGGAGGAAGAGGAGCGAAAGCGAAAGAACGCUGCCGCUGCCGCAAAGGCGUCCAAGGUCGAGACCGACACGCGACGGGAAGAGAUGAGAAGAGAGGCUGGCCUGGACGCCAAAUAA